UCAACUCUGUCUUGUGAACACGACAGAAUCCAGCACCUGUUCAUGGAGUAAGCGUCCGUCUUUAGAAAUGGAGGAACUGAAGCAGCGGGGACGCAAAAGAGAAGGCCGUCACAGGGACACCUGGGACCCGUUCCAGCUGAACCCGAUCGGAGCCGAAAAAGAGAGGAAGAGAACAUGCUUUCGUAUUUUGCAGAACUUGGUGGCCGUUAUCGUGGGCCUGCUCGUGUUGGUCAGCGGAGUUAUGAGCAAGGGCUCUCUGCUGGUCUUGACCACUCUGACCAGUCCAGUGUCUUUGAGGAACGACGUGGACAGACAGUUCUACACGCUCAUGUUGAUGUGUGUGCUAGUGAUGCCGAAUAUGCUGAUGUUCCUCAAGUCUCUGUGGAAGUGUGUCUUCAAGAGCUAUGUGGCCCCCAACCCGAAGACACUGGCGAUCAUGUGUGGGAUCGAGAGUCUGGUGGCCAUCGGGACGGCGAUACUGGUACUCAUUGUGAUGCCUAGGCUUGAUGUUCUGACAAACCUCUGCAUCCCCGGAGGCAUCUGCAUCCUUUCAGCCGCGCUUCAGAUCGCCUUCCGCUUGCAGUCGCAGAGCUGGAUGAUCCUCUACCCCAUAUGCUCCCUCAUCCUUGUGAUCAGCGGCUACAUUCUACUCGUGGUCGACUACUACGUGAGAGAAACCUCGCACGUCCCGGGACAAGUAGAAGGUUGUUACAUAUACGUAGGCAUUGCAAUCUUUGCAUCUCUGCUGGUUUCUCUGAACUGGUGGGAGAACCCUUUUCAGGCCAGCACUAACAUUCAGGAAAUGCUCAGUCAAAUGGACUCUUUCAGAGACACAGUGUAUGUGUUCACCAGCGUCAUUCGAAUGGCAUUGACUUUGGGGGUGUACUUCCUGUAUUACUGCCUGAUUGCGGAAACUCGCAUUGAAUGGGACGCGUUCACCAAAGCCAGUAAAGGCACAGUAGAGAUAGGCCUCGGGCUGUUUUUCCUGCAGGCGUUCUGCUCCGCCGCGUGCCACUGGUUUGGAGUCGUGGCCUGCAAGAUCCACUCCGUGAGAUUCGCUUUUGCUCUGCCCGUGUCGUUAACUGGUCCGGCAACACUGAUCCUGGGCAUAAUCCUUUUCUUGACACAAGCUGAGAGUUUCGCCCCUUCACCUGAAACCGCGAGCUUAUACGUCAUCGAAAAUGUUACAAUUCACACUCCUUUCUGGCCAUUUUGUCACGAACUUCAAGCUCUCAAGGACCUCAAUACCACCCCGGUUGUAAUGCUGGAAAUUACCCAUAGCAUCUGCAAAACGUCACUCAACAAUCCAAACGCCAUGUGGCCUUUCUCCAUGAUGGCGCUGGAGGGCGUCUGCAUGUGGCUCGGCCUAGUCUCGUGCACGUAUUACGUGUGGAAAAUAAAGGUGCAGAGAAUCGAACGCACAUCCCAACUUUUCGUACGCCGCCUGUAUGAAUCCGCCUUCAUUGAUCUCUCUAUGCUGCUGAACACGAAAAUGAAGGCGGUUCGUUCGGCAAACAAGGAGAGUAGUAGCAGCAGCAACGAUGAUAUGGAAAACUGUGUCAUUUACCUUUGUGCAACAAUGUGGCAUGAAACAUACGACGAGAUGCUGAAAAUCAUGACUUCGAUGUUCAGACUGGACAGAUACCGAGGGGACCCGAAGGAGGAACACAAGGACUGCUUUGACUUUGAGUGCCAUAUUUUUGUCGAUGACGCCUUCAUGGUAGAAAAAGACACUAAUACAAAGCUUGUCAACACCUAUGUUUCCGACCUUAUACAAGUAGUGAUGGAGGUGUACAGGGUGUUUACAAAUAAGGAGCCCGAUGAGGUUUCCAUCAUUGAAACGCCGUAUGGUGGUCGUCUUGCGUUUGUCAUGCCAGAGGGAAACAUGCUUUUCGUCCAUCUUAAAGACAAGCAACUGAUUCGACACAAAAAGAGAUGGUCACAGAUCAUGUACCUGUAUUACCUGCUUGGCUGGAAAGGAUACAAUGUCAAAAACCCUCAGAAAAUAACAAGACAAAACAACCCGAGUCGUGCCAGUCUCAUAUCAUUAGAUGGUGAGAGUUAUUUACUACCUUCUCAUGACAAUGACAUGAAGAGGAGGCAUAUAUCCGACGACAACACCUAUAUCAUGGCCUUGGAUGGAGACACAGAUUUCCACCCCGGCGCUCUAAUACUGCUGGUCGAUCGUCUGAGAAUGUAUGACAACGUGGGCGCAGCCUGUGGACGGAUCCACCCCACUGGAAUGGGCCCAAUGGUGUGGUAUCAGAAGUUCGAGUACGCAGUGGGUCACUGGCUACAGAAGACGGCGGAGCACGUGUUUGGUUCGGUUCUGUGCAGUCCAGGCUGUUUCAGUCUGUUCAGAGGAUCUGCACUGAUGGACGACAAUGUCCUGAAACGAUACACCACCAAAGCCACACAAGCCUCUGAGUAUGUGCAGUAUGAUCAAGGUGAGGACCGCUGGCUGUGCACUCUCCUCCUGCAGCAGGGCUGGCGGGUGGAGUAUAACGCUGCUUCAGAUGCUUACACCAACUCACCUCAAGAGUUCAAAGAGUUUUAUAACCAGAGGCGCCGGUGGGGCCCUUCAACACUGGCCAACACUCUCGAUCUGCUCCACAGCGGAGCGGAAACGGUCAAGAGGAACACCUCCAUCUCCAUGAUCUACAUCUUAUAUCAGAUCUUCACUGUGGCUUCCUCUAUCCUGGGACCUGCCUCUGUCACCCUCAUGGUAGCAGGAGCUUUCCAGUUUGUGUUUGGAAUUGAAGGCACCCUUUGCAUAAUAAUUGCUGUUAUACCUCCAACUCUUUACAUGAUCAUAUGUUUUGUGACCAAACCCAACUUCCAAAUCACAAUUGCUGCUAUUCUGAGUGUCAUAUAUGCGUUCCUGAUGACGGCAUCCUUCUUUUCAAUCAUUGGUGACAUGGUUAAACAGGGAACAUUUAUAACUCCUACUGGACUCUUCCUGGUGUCUGGUGCGAUCCUGUACAUGGUGACAGCCAUCCUUCACCCUCAAGAGUGCACUUUGAUUAUCUAUGGUCUGAUGUACUUCAUCUGCAUUCCCAGUGGAUAUCUCCUCCUCACGAUAUAUUCCCUAGUCAACAUGCAUAUUGUAUCUUGGGGCACUCGAGAAUCCAGCAAGGGCAAGGAGCAGAAAAAGCAAGUGGGUGUUGUGUGCCAUCGUGACUGCAAAAUGUGCUGCUGGGAUGUGAAAGUCCAAGUCACUCAAGAGACCGAUAGUCUAGUCCUUCAACAAUUACAGCAAGCCGUCAAUCCCCACGCACCUGCAGCCAAAGCCGAGCCAAACGAGCCAGAAGAGCCAAAGUCUCAGAGCACCCAAGAAGUCCAUAGCAGCUUGGAUGCGAACAAACACAUCCUGGACUUAAAAGAUGAAGAGAUGACUCAUAAGAAGGACGUGUCCAAAGAGAAUCUCAACAAGGACAACGACGAAAGAGACAAUUGCUCUGACAGAAGUGGGAGUUCCAAAAGCUACGAGAAAAAAAUCGAUGAUGACACAGACUAUGAUGAUGACGAUGACAGCGACGACGAUUAUGAUUACAAUGAAUACGAUGCUCUGGAGCCAAAAGAAGUUGUGCCUGAGAGUGACUGGGUGGACCCGGUGAAGACAGAGUUCCUGAAGAAACUGACGUACGCAAAUCUGAAGAGAAACCUUCAGGAGCAAAUCCGAUACACACUGAGAAACAAGAACCAGGAGGAUCUGUGCGAGGAACUGGUGCUGAUUCUCACCGACACCCUGAACGAGGAGCUAAAGGAUAAAGUGGGUCCUGAAGACGUGUUGAGUGUGGCUCAGCUGGAGGAACUGCAGUAUGCGCUGAACGAAGCCGCCAGGCGCAUCGUGAAGACCAACCGCAUCGAGAACGGAGCGCAGCGACUGGAGCGACGUGUCAAGAGAGCAAUCGAAAGAACACUUGUGGCUCCACAGGUUGAGAAACUAUCUGAGGAUGAAUACGACUUCUGGGAGAAACUGUUAGAGCGUUAUUUGCACCCUAUACAAGAUGACAAAGCUCAUCUUGAAGAAGUGACACGGGAGCUGAAGUCACUACGGAACAAGGCAGUGUUUUUGUACUUCAUCAUUAACGUCCUAUGGAUUGUAGCAACGUUCUUCCUUCAGGCCAUUGGCACUGAAGUUCUGAGCAUCAAUAUUCCAAAGUACUACCCCAACGGAACUUUGGCAGACGAACCCUUGAGGGUGGAGCCUUUGAGUUUGAUGUUUCUGCUGUCGUUCGCCAUUCUGCUCAUCGUUCAGUUCUUGGCUAUGCUUUACCACAGAGUAUACACCCUCAUCCACGUGGUAUCGUACAGAAGCACAGAGAAAAACUACAAAGAAAAAGAUGAGGAGGAUGAAGAUGAGGGACUGAUCCUGGGGAAUCCCGUUAAUCUUACCGUCACUGCUGAUGACUUAUAAAACUGUUGCGAAAUGCUGAUUCUUUCGCUCCCAGUUAGUGAAGUUACAGUAGAAGUGAAUGAUUUCUCAUGCAUGAAAAAGAAAAUGAAGCCGAUCAACGCCGCAUGCCUGGAACUUGAGCUAGGAUUUGUUUACUGUAGUUGUUUGCACAGUCACAUUUUUCUAUGUAUUCUAUGAACAAUGUUUUACUGUUUGAUCACUUGCAAGUUAGUUCAUCUCUGUGUUAAUGUAUUAGUUUGUCAAAUAUUAAAAUGUUCUGUAACAAAUUGGUUUCAUCAAGUCUGUUUCUGUGGGCGUAUUUCAUUCAUGGCUGGACGAAAGUCCUGUCAUCUUUUAUUCACCCUCACGUUUUAGCUCCAUGCCUUUACUCCAUGGAGCACAAUGCAUUUUAAUCCUGGUCAAUUUAUUAUCUUAAUUUUAUGACUACACCACAAAUGUAAGGUCUUGGAAAGGCCAUUUAUAGAUUUGUGUGUAAAACAGAAUAAUAGAUAGAUAGAUAGAUAGAUAGAUAGAUAGAUAGAUAGAGUUGUGCAAAAGUUUACACAUACCUUGCAGAAUCUGCAAAAUGUUAUUUUAACAAGUAUAAGAAAAUAAGAAGGAUCAUGCCAAAUGCAUGUUAUUUUUUUAUUCAGUACUGACCAGAAUAAAAUAUUUCACAUAAAAGAUGUUUACAUAUAGUCCACAAGAGAAAAUGAGCAUUAAAUUUAUAAAAUUAA